UCCGCUUCGUGGUGCACCAGACUGGUGUCGCGCUCGCGCGUACCGCGUACGGCGCGUACGUCAUCGACAUGUCACCUGCCACAUCCACGUUCGGCAUGUUCGUCGCGAUUCGCAUGCAUGGCGCGCGGAUAUAGCGCGAGGCUCGCGUAAAAAGUACGCCCAUGCCCGUUCGCGUAGCGCGAUGGACAAUCACGAGGAGGACGAGCUGGAGGAGCUCCGCUCUACGGUCUACACGUUCCCGCCGAACGUGCAGAGCGUGAUCGAGCAGGUCUUGACUAUCACUGAUCCGUUAGACCAACCCAAUUUCAACGUGGUGGACUAUAUAAACACGUUAUUUCCCUCGGAACAGUCAUUGUCAAAUAUUGACGAAGUGGUGAAUAAAAUAGAAAAAAAGAUACAUACUAUAGAUAGAGAGAUACGGUCAGUGGUGCGUGGUCAGACGAACGUGGGCCAAGAUGGUAGAGCGGCGUUGGAAGAUGCACAGAAGGUGAUAAGGCAGCUAUUUGUCCAUAUAAAGGACAUAAAGGACAAGGCGGAGCAGUCCGAGGAAGUGGUGAAGGAGAUUACGAGGGACAUCAAACAGCUGGAUUUCGCCAAGAAGAACCUUACUGCCUCGAUAACGGCGCUGAACCAUUUGCACAUGCUUGUGGAUGGAGUGGAUAACCUAAAAGUAUUAACGCAGAAGAAGCAAUAUGGAGAAAUUAUCUUACCGUUGCAAGCAGUGAUGGAAGUGAUGCAGCAUUUUAACAGCUACAUGGAUAUACCGCAAGUGAAGCAGUUGUCUGAUCAAGUACGCCAGAUCCAGGAUGAGUUGGCCCAGCAGAUUACAGCGGAUUUCAAACAGGCCUUUUCCGGCCAGAAUCCAAAGCAUUUCAAUCAGUUGACGGAAGGAUGUUUAGUAUUAUCAGUCUUACACCCUAAAGUGAAGAAAGAUCUGCUCGUCUGGUUUGUAAAUAUCCAAUUGCAAGAAUACGCACAUUUGUUCGAUGAGAAUCAGGAUUUCGCCUGGUUGGAUAAGAUAGAUCGAAGAUACGGGUGGAUCAAGAAACAUCUGCUGGACUUUGAGUCAAAGUUCGGUACGAUCUUUCCCCAGGACUGGGAAAUUUCCGAGCGAAUAGCUGUACAAUUCUGCCAUGUCACACGUGAAGAUCUCACAAAAUUGAUGAACAAGAGACGUAAUGAAAUAGACGUUAAGUUAUUGCUUUACGCGAUUCAAAGAACCAGUAAUUUCGAGACGCUACUGUCGAAGCGUUUUAUCGGCAGUACUUUGGAGACCACGGAUGCUAAGUCAGUAACAGUCAGUAAUGAUGUUGCGGAAAAGGUACCGGGGAAUCCUUUUGAAGAAGAUGAAAAGGUUGAAAAUGAAAAGCCGAGGCCGUCUCCAUUCGAAAAGUUAAUAGGAAGAUGCUUCGAGCCAUACCUGAACAUUUAUAUAGAAAGUUUGGAUCGCAAUUUGGCAGAUCUGAUGGAUAAGUUCGUGUCCGAUGCUAAAACGCAACCGCCAGGUGCUAAGGAAUUUGACGGCAUUGAAGGGCCAAGCAGUGUCCUGAGCUCGUGUGCCGAUCUGUUUGUAUUUUACAAGAAGUGCAUGGUGCAAUGUACGCAACUCAGCACCGGUUUAAUUAUGCUGAGUCUCGCCGAGACUUUUCAGAAGUACCUACGGGAAUACGCAGUUAAGAUCUUACAGAAUAAUUUACCCAAAAUCGGAGGCAGCGCAGGAAUUGGCACCAGUAUGAGCAAUAUCACGCGUGACUUCCGAGAUUUAUCAACGUCAGGCUUUAUUCAAAAUUUCCAAAGUUUUUUGAAGGAAGGAGAAACUGCCAGAUUUAGUAAAGAGGAGCAAUCUCGUAUAUGCUGUAUUUUGACAACGGCUGAAUAUUGUUUAGAAACGACACAGCAAUUAGAAGAGAAACUUCGUGAGAAGACAGAUGAAUGCUGUUCGGAUAAAAUAAAUUUGUCUCAAGAACAGGAUAUCUUCCAUAACGUGAUUUCUAAUUGUAUUCAGUUACUGGUUCAAGAUCUGGAAGCAGCGUGUGAAUCUGCAUUGACUGCAAUGACUAAGGUGCAAUGGAGUUCUGUGGAAGUCGUGGGUGAUCAGAGUAAUUAUGUUAAUACGAUAAUAGCGCACCUUCGACAAACAAUACCGACCAUACGAGAUAGAUUAUCAUCUUGUAGAAAAUAUUUCACACAGCUCUGUGUCAAAUUUGCUAGCUCUUUCAUAGCAAAAUUAGUACAGCAAUUAUUUAAGUGCAAGCCAUUAAACGCCGUCGGCGCGGAACAACUGUUGUUGGAUGUCCACAUGUUGAAAACGGCCUUGCUGGAUCUUCCAUCGACGGGUUAUCAAAUACAGAGAAAAGCUCCAGUAACAUAUACCAAAGUUGUGGUCAAAGGUAUGGCAAAUGCUGAAAUGAUAUUGAAGAUUGUAAUGUCCCCAAUUGAAUCUCCAAGUGACUUCGUAAAACAGUGCAAUGUACGCUUGCCUGACUUACAGUCUUCAGAAUUUCAAAAAAUUUUAGAUAUGAAGGGAUUGAAAAAAACAGAUCAAGUUCUAUUGCUCGAGCAAUUUAAGCAAUCUGAAAACACAGACGCCGCAAACGCUACGAAAAGUCACGUAGUACAUAACAGUCCAGAACAUGAAGCUGGAAGAAUUAAGAGGCUAGAGAAACUCAUCAAGAAACGAAUUUGAGGAUAUUAGAUAUCAUUGUAUAUAAGUUGAUUUAGAAAUUCUCUCUUAUUUUAAGAUAACAAAGACCCUUUAUACAAAAAUGAAAGGAGAAGCAUAAAA